AUGGCUGGUACUGCUUUCGCGGUCGCCCAACAGCUCCAAGGCUUGAUCGCUUUGAACAUGCCAGACUACGCAAUUCAAGGCUGGCAUGGUACCUUAUUGUCAAUCGCUAUCGUGCUAUGCUCCAUAUUGGGCAACACCAUACUGGUCAAGAAGCUUCCGUUGAUGGAAGGCCUCGCGCUCGUCCUACAUGUCUUCGGUUUCUUCGCCUUCCUCGUCGUACUUUGGGUGAUGGGCCCACGCUCGAAUGUACACGAUACAUGGACCAAAUUCGAAGAUCCUAGUGGCUGGGGAAACACCGGACUCGCUACACUCGUCGGUGUACUAGGUCCUAUCCUCUCACUGGGAAGUGCCGAUCUUGCUAUUCACCUGGCUGAGGAAGUCGAAGAAGCGUCCUACAACAUCCCGAGAGCCAUGAUUGCCACCUCAGCGGUCAACUAUACGUUUGCCUUUGUGAUGACUGUCACUGUCUUCUCGACACUGGGAAAUGAUGUCAUGGCCAUCAUGUCAACACCAUUCGGCCAGCCCUGGAUCCAGAUCUUGAUGAAUGCAACUGAAUCGAUAGUAGCCACAAACAUCCUGACAGUAGUUGUCUGUCUGCUACUUCUGUUCGCUUCGGUCAACCAGGUCACGGCCGCUUCACGCCAGUUGUGGUCUUUCGCCCGCGACAAAGGACUACCGUUCUCAGGUUGGCUCUCUUACGUCCCCCAAGGAUGGGACAUCCCCUUGAAUGCGGUGUUGUUUACGCUGAUGUCUUCAUCUCUACUGUGCCUCAUCAUCAUUGGUUCAUCCAUCGCUUUCAACAUCAUCCUUUCGUUAGGAGGUGUUAGUCUUUCCAUCUCCAACAUCAUCGUUAUCGGCUGCAUGGUGAGAAAGCGCGUGCGAGGAGAAGCACUUCUCCCUUCUCGAUUCAGCCUGGGCAAAUGGGGUCUUGCGGUCAACCUCACAUCCCUUUGCUACCUUUCGCUCACUGCUGUUUUGAUCCUUUUCCCGUCUGUACCGAACCCGGCACCGAUCGACAUGAACUGGGCAAGCCCUAUCUUUGGAUGCCUUGUUAUCUUCGCCAUGAUAUACUACUUCACGUAUGGAAGACAUACUUUCGAUGGACCAGUCGCGUACUGUAAGCAGCAGUGA